AUGGCUUUCGUAUUCCGCAGAGGCCUGGUAGUAGCCCUAAUCAAUGCCGCUCUCGUCGUAGCCACGAGCUUGGCAACUGCAGAAAUAAUUAGCAGUAGCAGCAGCACUGCUGGCAACCCAUUGCUGCUCCGAGGAGAGAAAGGUGUCCGCGAUUGCAGUCAGUAUCCUUACGUUGCACCAACUACCCUUCCCACCGACCGUUUCUCUUUCCCUCCGGACUUCGUCUUUGGGACAGCCACUGCGGCUUACCAGGUUGAAGGUGCAGCCAACACCAGCGGCAGGGGACCAAGCCUUUGGGACAGAUUCACCCACGAUUUCCCAGAGAGGAUUGCCGAUGGGAGCAGUGGAGACGUCGCCAUUGAUCACUACCACAGAUUCGAGGAGGACAUAAUUAGGAUGAAAAAUAUGAACAUGGACGCCUACAGGUUCUCCAUCUCAUGGUCCAGGAUUAUACCAUAUGGCAAGAGGAGUACUGGAGUAAACAAAGAAGGAAUCGAGUUCUACCACAGAAUCCUCGACCUGCUCGACGAACAAGACAUGGAUGCCUAUGUUACAAUCUUCCACUGGACUACCCCACAGGCCUUGGAAGCCGAGUAUGGCGGCUUCUUAAGCCGUGACAUUGUGGGCGACUUCAAAGAUUUUGCUGAUCUGCUGUUCGAAGAAUACGGCAGCAAAGUGAGCAAGUGGAUCACUCUGAACGAGCCCUGGACUUACACCAUAAAAGGUUACGAAGAAGGAAUGUUUGCACCCGGCCGUUGCUCCGUCUGGGUCGACAGAGCCUGCCGCGCUGGGAACUCAGCUGUGGAGCCUUACAUUGUCACCCACAACCUUCUUCUUGCUCAUGCUGCCGCUGUCCAACUCUACCGCCAGAAAUAUCAGAGGGAGCAGAAGGGAGAAAUAGGCAUGACUCUGUGCACGUUUUGGUUUGAGCCUUACUCUGACAAAAUUGAAGACAUUGAUGCAGCCCAAAGAAGCAUGGACUUUAUGUAUGGAUGGUAUAUGGAUCCCAUUACAUACGGCAAUUACCCAAGAUCUAUGAUCGAUCUGGUUGGAUCCCGUCUGCCCAAUUUCACAACCGAAGAAUCCAAGUUACUCAAAGGCUCCUAUGAUUUUCUCGGCCUCAAUUAUUACACCGGUUAUUACUCCAAAAACAAUCCUGAUGUUGAUCCACAUCAUCCUCGGUAUCGAACCGAUUCCGGAGCUAUAAUGGAUGCUUGGAGAAAUGGAGAGCCUAUUGGGGAACCGGCUUCCCGAUGGCUGUACAUAUAUCCCGAGGGGUUCCGAUACCUAUUGAACUAUACGAAGGACAUAUAUCGAAACCCAACUAUUUAUAUUACCGAGAACGGAGUAUCCGAUGAAGAUGAUCCUUCGAAACCAAUCCAAGAGGCCAUAAAGGACCAGCGCAGGAUCGACUAUUACCAUUCUCAUCUCCAGAAUCUCCUCAUGUCCAUCAGGAACUACAACGUGACGGUGAAAGGGUUUUUUGCGUGGUCGUACGCGGACAACUAUGAGUGGAGUGAUGGAUACACUUACAGGUUUGGGCUGUAUUACAUCGACUACAAAGACAAACUGCUAAGGUACCCAAAGGAUUCUGCUUGCUGGUUCACUGCCUUCCUCGAGAAGCCCAGCCCGAAGGUUCAGCACCGGGCCCGGCCCAUCCGUGCUGCUCUCCCCCGUUCGCUCCAUCUUGGAUACUGA